AUAUCAGCGGAUAACUUCAGCAACAUCGUAGGCGGUGGUCCAGUCGACAUCACACGGUAUCCUUAUCAAGCAAGAUUGGAAAAUAAUCAUGGAUAUUUAUGGUGUGGUGCUAGCAUAUUAACAGAGUUUCAUGUGUUAUCCGCUGCUCACUGUAUGCUAAGAGCCCGAGGACCCUUGACAGUCCACACCGGGACGUCCCUCUUGUCUCAGCGAGGAUCCGUGCAUCACAUCGCACAUUACGCUGUCUUUGGUUCAAGCAGAGAUAGCGACUUGGCUGUAAUACGUGUAACCGAGGCCAUCAUAUUUAGUGCAGUAGCACGACCAAUUCCAUUAGCUCCCGUGAACGGUGAACCGUCACCGGGGACAAUGGCCGUUGUCACCGGUUGGGGCCUUACCUCAGAAAGCUCAAGGCCAUCAAAUGCACUGAAAGCUACCAAUAUACAGAUCAUCAGUAGAGAAGUUUGUAGUAGAAUUUAUACACGUCCACCAAUUGGUCCAAUAACCUUGGGUGAGAUAUGCGCAGGCAAUUUACAUGGCGGCACUGACGCUUGCCAGGGUGACUCCGGCGGUCCUCUAGUCGUCAAUGGCAGACAAGUUGGUAUCAUAUCAAUGGGAUAUGGAUGCGCUCGUCCUAACAAGCCAGGAGUUUAUACCAACAUUGCCUAUUACAAUCAAUGGAUUACCGAGCAACUUUCAAAAUAGGUCUCUGUGUUAUUACCGGAAAUCCGGUGCUGAACCUAUUUAUACCAUUUCGAAUUUUAUUAAAUAUGUAUUCAUUUCAUAAAAUUGAAAGC